AUGCCGACGCCGGCCACGGAGGGUUUUCUGGUGCGGCUCUCACAGUUCGACGCGCGCAGCAUCGACGCCGCGCGGCAUCCGCCGCCGUACGUCCUGCGCGGCCGCCUCCCCGACUCCAACUUCGUCUGCGACGCGAGCCCCGUGCCCGGCGCCCCGUCGUGGGCGUGCCGCCACACCUUCGCCUGCGCCGCGCGGGAGCCGCAGCUCGUGCUGGAGUGCUACGGCAGCAACGGGGAGUCGUUCGUGGGGAUGUGCGCCGUGCAGACGCCGCAGCUGCUGGAAGCGGCCGCCGCCUUUGACGCCGUCGUCACGCUGCAGCUGCGCGACGGCCACUUCGUCACGGGGGAGAUCGCGUUUCCCGCGGUGGUGGAGGCGCUGCACCUGCUCACCGUCGACGUCGCGCGCCUGGCGGUGCUGCCGCCGCCCCUGCCGGGAGCCACCGUCUACGUGGAGCUCUCGUGCGUGGGGGGGGAGGAGGAGGAGGGGGAGGGCGGCGACGCAGCGGCCUCCGUGACGUCGGCGCGUGUGGCGACGGAAGUCGCGGCGUGGGCGUCGCUGCCGCCGCUGCCGCCGUGCCGCCGCACCCUCGGCGCACUGGCGCGGCAGACCCUCGCCGGCACCCUCUGCGGCGACGCCGACGAGCCGCUCGGCCGCUUCCGCGUCCCUGUCCCCGCCCCCGUCGUGCAGGCCAUCACGGCGGCGGCCGCCGCAGCGGAGCCGCCAGUCGCCGCUGCUGCCGCCGCCGCCGCCGCCGCCACACGGACGUUCCGCUUCGACUUUGACGUCCCUGUGGAGACGACGCGGGAGGGCGCGCCGCUGCGCUGCACUGGCGGUGUGACUCUCUCGCUGGGGGCGGCCCCACCGGCGGCGGCGCACUCCUCCGCCUCGACGUCCUCCGCCAGCGCCGAGGACCGCCCCGCGGAGGACCUGCGGGUGCUGGCGGAGGUGUUGGAGCAGCAGCAGCGGAUGCUCGGGACGGUGCGGGGGCAGCUGGACUGGGUGCGGAACUACAAGGCGACCAUCCGGCGGCGGCUGGAGUCGCUGCGGCAGCAGCCGGCGGCGGCGGACCCGCGGGACACCGGGAUCCGGGCUCGCAUUGAGCAGGAACUGCAGGACGCGGUCCUGCGGCGGGAGCAGCUGCGGGACGAGCUCGCCGCGCUGCAGCAGCGCAGGGCGGCAGCCACGGCGGAGCACGCCCUGCGGGUGGCCGGGCACGCGCGGUCGCAGGAGGAGCUGGAGGAGGAGCAGGCAAAGCUGCAGUUCCGCCGCGAGGGCGUCCGCAGGCUGCAGCUGGAGAUGCAGGCGUAUGCGCGGCUAGAGGGGCAGCGCGAGCGGCAGCGGCUGCGGCAGUCGGAGGAGCAGCAGCAACUCAACAGCAGCGAUGCGGCGACGCUGGUGGAGGUGAUGCGGCUGCUGGAGCGACGCACGUGA